AUGUCAGUAAAGGAGCUCGUUAGACUCUACGAGUCGUCGCCGACCGUGGCGGCAGAUGAAGGUUCUGGCGAUUACAACCGACCUGGUUCUGAAUCCACCGAGACCACUGCUACUACAACUGCUACAGACUCGACGCGACACCCGUCAGCGAUAUCAACUUCAACCGCUUCAACACUAAUACCCACACCCGCUCGGUUCAUCCGCCACAGCAUCCCUUCACAACCCACAACCGACCCCUUGCUCAACUCGCCUAACGAACAUAACGGAACUCAAUUCACGAACCACGAUCACAAUACUACGCUUGUGCCUCCCAGUAAUACCCUACGACGACCAGGCCUCCCACCACGCACCAGUACCCUCCGCUUCCUCGACUCCCUCCCCGAAGACAACUCCUCUCUCUUCCCCAACGACCCCGGAGGCGACGCCCGCCACACAUACCCACCGCACAUCCACAUCAAGCUACCCAACGGCUCCCGUCUAGCUCCCAACGCGAACCACAACUCUAAUCAUGAUACUCCCAAGAGUCCUGCAGGCCCCCAUUCGUAUUUCACCAGGGGAACGACGACGACGACGAUAACCUCCACGUCCGGUACCAGCACGCGCUCUCAUAUACCUAUACCAGCUACGACGGUCUUUGCUCGAAAUGCAGCUCCUGUUCAUCUACCGCGAUUGAAUAAAUACCUCUCGAAUAUGCCCAAGCCCGAGUUUCUGGAGUCGCUCCAUUCGUUACAGCAAGACGGGGAUAUGAAAGGGAGGGAGGCCGUAACUGUAGAAGAAGACGACGAGGAAGAAGGGGAUGAAGAUGAAGAUGGGCUUUUAAACGCCCAAGGCAAGAAGAAGAGGGAGGGGAAAAAGAAAGAGAAGAGGAAGAAUGACAAAGGAAAGAAAGGCAAGGAGGCACUGAAGGGGAAGAUGUUUCCACCAAUGGAUAAACUCAAGGAAUGCGGUUCGAGUUUGGAAGAUCUCGAGUUCAAUUCCAGCAUCAUACCAGUGUGGAGGGAUAGGAAGACUCUUCUAAGAACGAGCAUGAAUAUCCUCAUCGGUUUCCUGGGAUCCAGCGCUAUAGCAUCCUUCUACAGUCUUCAGGGACUCGUUAAUACAGUCCAAGUCUUCGCACUAAUCUUAAGCACCAUUGUUCCCUCGAAUAUAGACGUCUGGGACAAAUGGAAACAGCUCUUCCUCGGCAAAAUCCCCAACGUCCUCGCUCUAAACUUCGCCUCGACCCUUGUCCAGUCCCUCCUCUACCUCAUAAUCUUCAUGGUCUUAGCCGCUUCUCUCCUUUACCACUUCUACCGCUCUACCCUCCAAUGCAAGCGCUACACCACCCUAGAAGGACUCCAACAAACCGAGACCCAAGGGCGGCAAAUCGGUCUAGUCCUCACCACUUUCCUCCUAACCGUCAUCUACCUCCCGCUGAGCACGAUGGCUGUUCAUGUUAUCGUUUGGUCUGAGGAAUUGUGGCCCGUCCCCAAUCCCUAUACGAAUACGACGACGUUCCCGCCAUUGGUUGAGCCCCUGGGUCCCAGCGAGGAGUUUAGAAAUCCUAUGGACUUUUGUUGGACGACGACGAUGAAGAGGAAUGAAGUCAACUAUGCGCCGGUAAUGGUCAUCCUAGGUGCCGUUACUUUCCUUUUGUUAGGGAUCUGGUUCCCUCUCGCUCUCCGUCGUGUGAUCCGACUAUCCGUACCCAAGGUGGAGAAGUACAGUGGGAUGGGCCGUAUACGUUCCAGCGCCGACUUGGAUGCAGAAUACCACCGCCUCCUCGAACGAGACCGCAAUCCUUUCGCGUUCCUCUACAGCGCAUUCCGCCGCGGCUGGGGCACCUACUCCUCCACCUACCUCUUCGCAAAACUCAGCACACUAGUCAUCAUCGCAGUAAUGGACACCAACAACUGCCUCUUCCACUCCUUCUCCUCGCACCGCACGAUCCCAGUCGCACGCCAAAUCAUCCUCCUCAUUUCGACUAUAGGUUUCUUCAUUGCUCAGUCCGUUUACGCGCCGUUCUUGGAUCCGGUAAACAAUGCGAGUGAGUGGACGUCGAGGUUGAACUAUGUGUCCACGGCCACGACAGCGUUGUUGGUCCAACUGGAUGUUCCGGGGAAAGAGGUGGUUGAGACGUAUGUUUUGUAUAGUAUUUAUGUUGUAACUUACGGACUUGGUUUCUAUUUUGCUGUUAUUAAUGUUGGAUUCACGCAACGAAUCGUCAAACGACUUACACGACGAAUCGAUUUUAGCAUCGACAUCUUCUCUCCACGGCUAGACGUCUCCCCCUCCUCCGUCCACAUCCGCCGUCGCAUAUGGCAAGAAUCGGUAACAACCCUGCUCCUCACCGACCCCCACUGCCGCAUCCCCUCUUCCCAACCCAUGUUCUUCGCCCAAGCUUCCUGUUCAUCCUCACCCUCGUCCUCUCCCGAUACCAAUCACCAACACGACAACCCCGAAUACCCACCCUACCUCCUCAACUUCACCGGCACUCCAGGCGAACGCCAUGCAGAAAACAUGAAAAUCCUGCGCGAAGUCGGUGAUAUGUCCUACCGGCAAGCUGCAGCUCUGUUAAAUGGCCCAGAUUAUGCGUGGUUCAAGUAUCUGGAAGAGCAGAUCCAGAAGUGGUAUUUGGGUCCGGACUCGUAUUGGCGCCCGCCUGAUCAAGGGGAUUGUGGUGUUGAAGACGAGUUGGAUGGGAGUGAGGGUGGAUGUAAGAGUUAUUUUGGGAAUGCUUGGUGGAUACCUUUUCCUCCUACGUUGGUCAUUCGCUACGAUGAUGGUCCUACUGCGGUGGUCAAGGACGUACCCGACUUGGAGGCCUACAUAGCUCAGAAUUCAGAUCCAGUCAUCCAACAAAGAAAACAAAUCCGUUUAUCGCUUCGAGCUUUGGACGGGAAGCGGGUAUACUGGCCGUACGAGCACAAACAGCCCAUCGGAACCUCCAAAUGGUUCUGGAACAGACGCGGCAACUUCAAAGCAACAACCUCCACACACUACCGAACCGCCACUUUCACCCUCAAGCACACCGGGUUCCUCCUAUGGCAAGGCGUCCACCUCGGCAGCGGCUUCACCCCUUCCCUCUCCUACACCAAACACCUCAUCCUCCCCGCCUCCUCCACCAUCGGCCUCACCCACACCUUUGACCUCACCGCCCCGCUCGCCAAAUUCCUCACACUUAACCAAAAUUUAAUCGAGGAACACCUACCCCGUAUCGAAGAGGCGAUGCAGAGUUAUAGACUUUACCAUCGGAAGGAGUGUAAAUGGAAAGCGAGGGUGUUGUCGUAUCGGUUUUUGAUGCAUGUAUGGGCACAACCGCGGGAUCCGACGGGGCUUCCGCAGAGUUCGAUCGAGUUCGAGAGGGACGGGAGGGUGAGGGGCUUGAUGUUGGGGAGCGGGGAAGUGUUUCGGAGUACGUAUGAACGCUAUGUUGCGGUGGCGAGGUCGGAGGCUGCGACGUGGUGGUAUAUCUUCUGGGACGACUUGUGGCGAAGAAACCACGAUACCAUCGCUGGACUACGUCGAUACGAAGAGGACUUCAACCCACAUUAUAUGUCUUCCAUCGCCUAUACACCACUCCCUCGACCGGCACUCGAAGCCUUCCUCACACAACGCGGCUUACUGCACAAGAAACCCAAGCUAUUCGACUUUUUCCAUUCCGGAUUUCUCAACAAACUGUAUAUCAGGCUUAAUGACUGCGUUUUCCGUGAUUCUCAACGCGCGGUAAUGUUCCAUUUAGGCCACGACAGACGCGAACUCGACAUGGAAGAAAUCGACGCCCUCACCCAAGGGAACCCUUCCACUCUCGGGACAGGUGGUGGAACAGACCACGAUGUCUCUUGGAUCCGCACACGGCCCACUUACCGCUGGGAAGGCCUGCUCUCCGACCCCGUGCGCAAACGUGAAUGGGGCCAGCGUCGGUGGUUCGCCAAGCUCGGUGCGUGGUUCGGUUUGACACCGGUGUGGAGGUCGGGUGUGGUGUCGAAUGGGCUUUCGGUGGAUGUGAGGUUGGAUGAGCAUGGGAGGUAUGUGCUGUUGGACGAUGCCUCGACUGUGGAUUCGAAGAGUGUACGUAGUGCUGGUGCAGUUCGGUGA